AUGGGUAUACCAGAACUCUGGCAGCUUUUCGACAAAGCUGAAAUCGGAGAGAAUAUAUCAACUGCUGCGUUUGCUGCCCAGCAUUUUGAGAGGGAAAGAAGGCCCCUUCGAAUAGCAGUUGAUGUUUCUAUCUGGAAGUUUAAGUGUUAUUUAGAUAAAAAGGAAGUGGAAGCCAUUCGUAAAAAGGUCCCACCUGCGAAUCCAAACGAGAAGAACAUUUUCUACAAGAUAUUGAAAUUUCUUAAGUUGAAUAUCCAAUUGAUUUUUGUCGCGGACGGCAGUAAUCGACCAAAAGAGAAAUAUGGUGGGCAAUCGCCAUGGUACAAAUAUCUUUCACAGGAUGACAAACUCCUCAAAAAGACAGUGACUUCCCUAGGCGUAAUAUGGCAUGAAGCACCCGGUGAAGCCGAGGCUGAGUGCGCAGCUUUGCAAAGCCGUGGGGUAGUUGAUGUCGUUUGGACAGAAGAUUCGGAUGCUUUCAUGUUCGGAUGCACACCUCUAAUACGUUUCUGCCAUGUUAAAAAACCCAAAGUAAAGAGGCCUGGAAACAAUCAAGAUUGGGUCAACGAAUCUGAUGAGACAAGGCGAGAGGUUGACCUCGAUAAUAUCAUUAUUUAUCGAGCAGAUAAAAUACAAAAACAAUUCCCAGGCUUGACUCGAGAUGGUCUUGUGUUAUUCGCUGUCUUGAAGGGGGGUGAUUACAGCAAAGACGGCAAAAGUCUUACAAACUGUGGCGCUGCUCUAGCGUUACAAAUAGCGACUGCGAAGGAAGGUUUUGGCGAGGACCUUUGCAACGCAUCUCAUGCCCAAUUUCCAACUUGGAGAAACAGACUUCGCGAAUAUCUUGCACGCAUCAACAAACGGAUUGACGUACCAGAUAACUUUCCGGACACUCGCAUUGUUGGGCUUUACAACAAGCCCUUAGUCUCACCCGAGAGAAUUACGAGCGAUAUUGGAAAGUUUUGGAACCCCUCUUUUGACGAGAUGGAGUUACAAAGAUUCAUCGCUCCCAUAUUCAAUUUUUGGGUAGCUGAAUAUAUCAAAUAUAUUAUACCUAUUCUUCUCGUCCGUUCUCUUGCAUCUACGCAGCCAGGGCAAGAAGCGAGUAACAACUGCUACAAACUUAAUGUCAUUACCAAGAAGAAAUCGCCCGUCCUUCAGAAGAAUGUAGAGGUACUGCUAUCUGCGGUAACAUUCAUGGACGUACAAGCUUGGAGACAUGAGUUCACGAAUCAAGGUCGAAACGGAAAAGUAGCACCAAUCACUGAAAUGGUCAAGUGUGAGGAUUUACUGGCUUGUAUUAUUGAACAUGGUACAAAAAAAGCUCUUCCACCAGCUAUACCAUCCUCUGAGCGCAAUAAAACUGUGGUGUCUCCCAAGGUAAUUUCCAAAGGUAAAAAACGUGCCGGAUCGCCAAUAGCUCUGACCAACACUGUCUCUUCGCCACAUCAACAGCCACCACCAAAGAGAGCUAAAAGUACAUCAGAGCAGAUCUCAGAACCUAGGUCAGUUGCCAAAACUUCUACAGAAUCGGCGUUCACACACUCUGAAGUUUCACAUCAAUCUCGAAAUAUCCCUUCGUCUAGCAGGGAGGAUCCAGUGCGUAAGUUGGCAGGAUUGGAUAGGAAUCCGAAAUACCCUCAACUGAGAGAUACAAAUAAAUCUUCGAGUACAACCAUCGACCUCACACUCGAUGACUCUUCGGACGAAGAGAACCAGACUCCCACUACCAGUGCUCGCAAUCACAACUUUACCCCAAUCUCAUCACAAAACUCACAACUGGAUACCAUCCGUGAAGCUCGACUUAGGCAUUUCGAUUCCGAUAUGUCUAAGCCAGUAUCUACACCAACAGCUCAAAAGUACAUUCACAGCGCAUCGCCAAAUGCACACGGAAUCUCCAAAGUCUCACCACUCACUAACAAACCUCUUCCUCCGGGUAUUAAGGACGACGAUUUUGAUGGGUUCUUUUCUGAUUCAUCCAUUUGA